AUGGGGGGCGAUGCUAGCCUCAACGCUAGCGGACCCAAGGAUACGACCACAUGCGAUGUGUCAUGUUUGAUGGAAUUGAUUUGGGUUCGCGAGUAUCAAUUUGCCUGGGGAUUCGCAUCUCCGGGAGGGCCAAAGGAUGCGCAAAGAGACGGACGCCGUCUCGGGCGAAGGACGAAACAGCCGCCAGACGGUGGUGUCCCAAACCCCGACCAGGCUGAUGAUCCGAGGUCAAUUCGACCCAGUUCGAACUGA